AUGCGUAAUGUCCGCAACGACGGCGAACCUUGUCACGAUCCCGAAGACGCUAUUCAUCAGAAUAUAAUGACAUAUAAUACUAUAAUAAAUAAAUAUAUAUGCGCAUUGGACGCGUGCACCGUGAGCGGAUUUAUAGGUUAGCCCCGUAUUAAUCCUCGACUGCUCGCGCAGUAAUCCCGCAGAGAAACCGCACAAUCUGUUAAAACGUUAUCACAAUAAUUUAUAAUAAUAAUAUAAAACGAUAAUGAUAAUAAUAUAACUUGGCAUCCGUUGGCAUCGUUGUGUAAACGACGCUGCUGCGGUGACCGUCGAGUCCGGUUAGAUUAUAAUAUUAUCGUUAUUAUUAUUAUUAUUAUUGUACAUUUUUCUUGAUGACGUUCGUCGCAAAACACGGAUCCCCGUGUCCUCUACAAUAGUAUUAUAUGCCAUACGCACGCAUAAAUUAUUAUUAUUAUUAUAUAGAAACCGUUUAUUGAAUAAAUAGAAACGGCGUAGGUAUACGAAAAAAAAAAAAUAAAUAAAUAAAUACAAGCAAACUAUUUGCACACCAAUUACACAGCUACAAUCGCGUUCACGGACCGAAUGGAAUUCACUUUGUAAAUCGUUUUCCAAUUUUAUCUUUUAAUUAACCGUUAUAAUUCAAUUUCGCAACGAUUUCGCAAACCCUGCAGCACAGCGCCCGUAUUUUUAAUUAACAACACGUUUAAAUGUAAAAAUUAAUUUAUUAUUCAAAAUUGGAUUAUCGAAAAAAAAAAAAAAUCGUUGGCGAUUCGGGGACGUCGAAUGAAUUGAUUUAAAUGGAUUACAAUUUUUUUUUUUCAUGUACAUACCUUCCAAUAGCAGUAGAGAGGAAAUUAAAAGUGAAAAUUAAAAUAUUCCGGGGAAAAAACAAUAUUUACCGAUUUACUCGCUAUGAUAUAGUUCGGUCCGAAAUGUAUGGAAAAACAGGGGUUCGUGUCCCCCUAAAACCGGUACACGAAUUUCAGUUAUAAUCGCAUCAACACGUGGUUUUUAUCAGCCAGGUAAUGUUGGCGCCACAGGUACACUGCGACGAUAGCAUAACACACUAUAUUCACACCCGCCGGAGAAAUUUGUCACGUCGGUCGAAAAAAACAAAACUCCGCGGUAUUCGCCAGACUCGUGAAAUCCACGGGUCUAUAAUUCGCAAUGUGUAUAGGGCUCGGUUUUAGAAGUUCGAAAAAACGAUUUAAAAAAAAUGAAAAACGCCAAAACAGCGAAAAAUAAAUAUAUCGGGGUGUACUCGCCGAUAUGCGUAUUGUCCUGUUACAAUAGACGACCCCUCGCCCCGGGAAAAUAAAAAAAAAAACGCGCUUCGCGUCGAAAUCCGGACCCUACGGCGCGACCGGGGGAAAAUACUAUCGCGCCCCGCCGCGGGUUUUCCUCGGCUAAACAAACAAUCUCGCCCUUGAUGAUGCCCCAGUACAAAGCUGAUAACAACACUACCGUAUAAUGAUAUAAGGUACACGUCGAGCAUAUCCGACCGGCAGGCGGUGAGGGCGGGGUGGGGUCGGGGGUUUAGGGGAAUAGGUAUUCGCGUGCGUGUCGCGUGUUCUGCGGCCCGGGGCGUGUGUGCGCUUAUUGGGCGCUGGGCAACCGUCGCCGCUGCCGCCGCCGCCGCCGCCGCCCGUGCAAAGCGCCGCUCGCUAUUGAUUUCCCUCGGGUUGCGGCGGCGGACGGCGGGCGGCGACGGACGGCGGCGGACGGCGGUGGUGGCGAAAUUGCUCGGCGGCGGGCGGCGGGCGGCGGCGGCGGCGAAAUUACUCGGUGGCCCGUCAUUAUAUAUCGCGUAUAUAAUGCGUAUUGUGCGCGCGUGUACGACACGACGACGAUGUCGGGCGGCGCGCGGCGGAACGGACGAGAUAAACGGCGGCGCGGCGCGACUGACGGCCCGUCCGAGAAGACCGAGUUUUACCGCGGGACGUCGGCAGCGCCGCCGGAACGGUUUUUCGCGGGCCGCCGCGGGAAAGAUGGGCAGGGCUGGGGGGGCGGGGGUUGGGAGGGGAGAAAUGCGUGCGAAAUAUAAGCGUGUUUUAAUAAAUUCCGAACGGGAAAAGUUUUCCGUAUUCGCGUAUGCGUUGAUAAACAGUAGGUGUACCUGUGUUCCCGAGAGCUGUAAUUUUAUCCAAAAAAAAAAAAAAACAAACGGACAGUGAAAAGUCGGAAACGUAGAAAAGAAAUUUAAUGUUUAUAACUGUACGCGACCCGUUAAAUCGUCGCUAAGGAACAAACGAUUCUGAGCGGAUUUCGGCGUUGUACACGUUUUGAAAGGCCGUUAAUAUUUACGAUUUGAACAUAGUACAUUUCGUACGUUUUCUCAUUUAUUAUGAAAACUCUUGGGAAAAUCGUAAAGCGACCUUCUCAAAGUACCAUCCCAAUCAGAUUUCCUAUCAGUAAUAGUGCUACACUUGAAAUUCGGAGCAGAAUUUCUGUGAGAAAAAUUGUUCACAAAUGAAAAAACAUCAUAGUAAAACCAAUACAUUCCUCGCUGCGCUCAGAAUCUAUAACAAACAGCAAUCGUAUGUAAAAUCGGACUCUGUCGUAAUUAUUGCUUGUUUUUUUAAUCUAUAAUACCUAUUUAACUUCAAUUCUCGAGACCAUUUAAACCGAUCAUCGCGGGUCCACCUCAGCUGUGCUCAAAUUGGAAAAAUUAAAGAAGAAGAAGAAGGAUUAUGAAACUUGAAAGAAAUUAUCGAACUCAACCUAACCCGUGGAGGUCUUAAUUCUUCUAAGCAAUAUAAAAACCGAUAACAAAUGUAACAAAUUGUAUCUACAUUAUUUUUCGUUGAUUUAUUAUGGGUAAUCAAAAUAAUGGUUUAUGUACGGUCAUAAAAUUUAUCUUAGUUGAGAUGCCUUUUUUUUUUUGAUUUUUAAAAUAUUAUCCUUUGAAAAAAGAGACGCGCUGUCCCUCCGACCUUCGCCCUCAUAGAAAUAAUUAGUAAGGGGACGCUAAAAAACGAAACAUAGUAGAGGACUUUGCCUCUCUCUCGCAAUUCGUUUAUCACUUCCAUUUCAUCUUUAUCUGGUCGCUUGCCACGGCUUUCGAAAUUAUUUACUCUGAACUUCUGUAUAAUCUUCGCUUUUCGGUCUGCCCAGUGGUAGCGUUUUAUCUUCUUGUUUGCAUUUUAGUAACACAUUUCAUUACACUAUUACUCCAUAUGCGUGCCUGAGAUCGCAGCUCAUUCGUUUUCCAUUAAGUGCCAAUGUAGAUUACAAGUGUUGCGUUUCGAAUAAGGUGGCGAAAUCCCCGGAGUCCCCGUGUACGUUUGCGAGUGAAAAUCGUUGUGGGCGGAUUGAAAACGUUACGAGAGAAACGCGCCGUCGUAAGUCAGUAAACUAAAACACGCGCUUUGAACGCGUAAUAUUUUGAACUCGGUGUUUGUGAUUGAUAUUUUAUUAAUAACGUAGCACGUUUUUCCCAUCGAGGGUCAGUCCUACCGCUACGAAUCCGGCGCUGAAUCACGCGGCCCGAUAUUUGUGUUUUUCGUUUUUAAAGCUGGGUCCCCGCCCACGCCUCGUCCGGCCGUCACGGCCUGUCAUCAACACGUCGCCGUGGCCGCUACCGUCGUCCGAAAUAAUAUGAUUCGCACGUCUUUUACAGCAACGGCAGCGGUCUACAUGAACGUAUGUGUGUACAGUGAGAGAGAGAGAGAGAAUGAGAGAGUGUGUGCGUAAAGCGUAAUUACCCGUUAUUUUUGCAAAAGUAAUAAUGCGAAAAAUACGAAAUUAAUAAGGUUCUACACGUCCCUCCUCCGUAGGACCCUCGAGUUAUCGCGAACCGCGCAUUUAUUUCCGUACUCGGCUGCCGCACGAUCCGCGCGUGAAGUAAUCAUGACGAUGACCUAGAAACGACACGGAUAUCGCGUAAUUUGCAUGAAAUACACUUAGGAUGAAGGCGGAGGAGGUUUUUUAUGUGUACGUUUUGGGCGAAUUAAAAUAAUAAUAAAAAUUAAAAAAAAAAACAGUAAUGUAAAAUUAUACGCCGCCGCGGAAUGAAUGUCACAUUUACAAUAACUGGCGGUGGUGCAAAACAAUCGAUAAAAAUAAAAAAUAAAAAAACCCGCGUGUAUAUUUUAUCGCGGUAUGAUGUAAAUACGUCGCGUUUCUUGUUGCCGCGAAACGAUACAGAGAAUAUAAACAUAACGGAAUUAUAAUAAUACAGUAGGGUUUUUUUUUUCUGGUUUCUGAGUGAACUUAACGAAGAAACUAUUGUAGUUUUAAAUAAAAUGUAUGUUUGUUUUUCAUUUCCUUGGAAAACACAUUUACGGUCAGUAAUAAUGCUCCGGUUUUUUUUUUUUUAUCCCGUAAUCCAAAAGAUGCCGAUUCUUCCGACGAUACUUUAUUUCAACAUUUUUUUUUGAAAUACACAACACAUAUGUAAUACAAUAUUUUAACACGAUGUAUUUUUUUUUUUUUUUAUGAAUUUUUAUUAAAACGCAUUUUUGAUUUAAUUAUAGAUAUUACACCAUUUGUACUAUUCCACUAUUAUGUAACACUCGACUACAACUGUUGAAAAAUAUCGUAUUAUGUCGUUAGAACACGUUUCGGGCUACGGUUUCGACUUCUAUUGAUAAUAAUAUCAUUUACUAUAGUUUCAUACAGAAAUAAUAAUAAUAAUAAUAAUAAUAAUAAUAAUUACAAAAAAAAUCGCGUUCUUAUAUGUUUUCCAUUCCAACCGUGUGCACCGUGUCCCGCGUGUCUCCUUGGAUAGUGGCCGAGAAAAAAAAAACCUGUUCGUAAAUAUUAUAUUAUUAUCAUUGUGUUUUGCAUAAAAUCACAAUGUAGCAGGUCGAGAUCAGACAAUCAUUGAUAACGUUAAAUCAACGUGCUGUGGCGAAAACCGAUAUUUUUUUUUUUUAAGUAUGUACUAGGACCGAAAUUGGUGGAUUGGUGGCCGUGGGCGGUCGAAAACGUACAACAUUAGAACCGUAGAACAGUCCGUUUUAAGUCAUAUAACUACAGUAAAAUAACAUUGUACUGCCGAUGUAUUUAUAAAAGAGGUGGCGGUGUUUUUCAAUUCAGAAACAUGCUGGACCGAACACGAAAAAAAAAAUGUUCAAAACGCCGCUGACAUUGACCGUAUGAUAUACUUACUACACAAACACCUAUGUAUUUCACGUGUUAUCUAGAUAGAUUUACCAACAAUGGCAUUUACAUAAUAAAUAAUUUUACAUCUAAAAAAAAAAAAAAAAAAAAUCAACAUACGAAUUAAAAUUAUACACAUGGAAAUUCCAACACUAAUUGUAUACAUGGAUCGUAUUCGUUUUGUUUUUGUUAUUUUCGGGUUUUUUUUUUUUUUUCGUUUUUGGCUCCUCUAAUACCUAAUUACAGUUUACAUUAAGGAAAUACUACGUGUUCUACACACAUUGUUAUAAUAUUAUGUUAUAUUACACAUGUGCGCCACUGAAUAUUUAUGCGCAUAGAGUGUAAUUAGUGUAAUAAACUCGAAUUUUACUUAAAAAAAAUUAUAAAUGUUAAAACACUAGCCGUGAGUACCUAAUAAGUUUUCAUGUUAAAUUAUUAUAAUUACGUCUCGUGUAUAAUUUUAUUUUAAUUUUUUUUGAUACUUUUUACUAUAUUUUUUGGAUAUUAUAAUUUUGUAUUAUUCGUUUACAGACAUUUUUUCCCGUCACCGUCGGCGUUCAAGUGCAUAGUUUUUGUCUUCCUGUCUUUGCCCUACUGUUUCAACUAUAUCUCCGAACAUUUUUUUACCACUAUAACUUAACACAUUUGCAAACAUUAUUAAUACAUCCGAAAUAAUGAAAGUAUACAUAGUCGAUUCUGUAUCUGAAAUUAAAUAGCCUAAAAACACAGUUUACAUAUUCAGAAAACACAAUAUUAUUGUAAAACGAAACAAAUUGAAAAAGAGUUUUCUUGUACAAUGAUGAAAAUAAAAAUUAAUCACUCUGCCCAAAAUCCAAAAUAUAAGCGAUAAUAUGCAUAAUAAAUAUCAGCUAUUAUUAAUAUCCAUAAUAAAAUAAUUGUCCCAAUCGUUAUGAAAACUACUUUGGCUAUCAAAAAAUGACUUUCUUUGUCAGUGGCUAUAUUAUGUUAAAAGAAACGAAAUCGACCUCUUGUCAUUUUAAGAUAAGAGCAAUAUUCUGGUAGAAACAUGAGUAGCAAAAAUUAAUAAUAACAAUGAAAUCGGUAACGCCGAGGCGCCGUAAAUAUUUGCCGUUUUACCUAUAAUUUUCUUUCAGGUUGUUCCCAAUUCUUUCGAAAACCCUUUGAAAAAUCAAAAAAUAACCUCCCUAAUGCACCAAAUUGGAGAAAAUUUCCUUUCAGAAAAGGUAUGUACUAUACUCUAGACAUCGGAGCAAAAUUUCUUUUCGAAAAGUUGUUUACUGCAAGCGGAAAAAAAAAGCACACAUCAUAGUAAAACCAAUUGAUCCCCAGAUACAUCCCGAAUCUAAAAUGAUUUACAUAAUAUACACCUAUACCAACGUAGGUUUCGAUUUGUUUUUUUUUUUUUAUUUUUCCCUUACGAAACGUGUUUUAAAAACGCAGUAGUGCAUAUAAGUACUAUUUUCCUUUUUUAUUUUUUUAACAUUUUUUUAUAAACACCGGCCAGAGAUAAAAUAGGUGUUAUAACUAUACUACACGGUUUAGAUACGUAGGUACCUAUUUACUCUCGUAUAUUAUACUGUCAUCUAAAUUCUGGAAACAUUUUAAACGCUUUAUUGGGGGAGAAAAAAAUAUAUCGAUUUAUAUACGGCACGGAGAAUUUAAUAUAUCGAGAGAAAAAUGCGAUUUAGCCAUAUACGAGUAUAAUAUAUAUAAUAAUAUUGCAGUAUAAUAAACGAGAGAGAGAGACAGAAUAAAAUCCCUCGUUUAUUAUAACGACUGUGGUAUUUUUAUACCGCACGCGCGUACACGUAUCGACAGUUUAAAAAUUAGAUUGAUAUAUUAAUAUAAUAUUUUACGUGCAGGUAUUAUUUUUUGCGUGGUCCCCGAUGAAAUAAAAUAUUAAUAAUAUAAUGGCAAUCGUAUAUUCGCGAUGAAAAAUCUAUCCGUGGGGCCUCGGUGAAUAUUUUUAUGUAGGUACAACAAGGUUAACGAAUAGGCGAACCAAAAGUUUUGUCAAUUGAUUAAGAGGAAACGAAUAUAUAGUGAUUUGAAAACUCUAUACUGUAUAGUAAUGUUAGUAUGGUUCCCUCCUGUAGCCUGAAAAUUGUUGUUAGGGCCCGGAUUUAAACGUCCUGUAAUAAAAACUAACAAAAAACGUCGAACAAACGUUAAGAGAAGGAACAGUCCAAAUACCACAUAACCGCUGUAAUAUCUCUAAACGACUCGAAAAAAAAAAAACCGAAGAAAAAUACAAUACUAUAAAAUAGUUUCGUUUUCCACUUACGCGUCUGUUGGACAAAUCGUAGAACGAUUAAAAAAAAUUAUUACAAGUGUGCAGAGUUAUGCCUAUAAAACCCGAGGCAAAUAUUGUUGCAAAAACCACAAAAUUUCUCUUGGAAAUACUAUGAGGUCUUCAGUUCAAUAACGGACCAAGUCACACAAUUUUCAUAUUUGAGUUAAUGGCAUUAUUAAAAACAGCAAUCCAUCGCAAAAAUCAAUUCAUAAACAGGCUAAUUAGUCACCUUUACUUUAUAUUAAAUAGAUGAUAAUACCUAAACCUUUAUUAAAUUAUAAAGUUAUAAUUUUUAAGAACAAGAAUGGAGGUACAAAAAUAUUGAGAUAUUUGGAAUGGUCUCGUGGGACUCCGAUUUUUUUUAUGUAUAUAUUUAUACAUAUCCGUUACUUUUUAGCUAGAAAUCGUAAUGAAAUAGCUUUAAAGUGCUAGAGUAAGAGCGCCAUAACCAGGUGGUACCGGAGCACUUACUUCAUCCACCCCCCCUCCCCUAAAAUCAUUUGUUUCAUUGGGCAUUUCAGUUCUUUUCGACAUAUUUUAUCGUUCUAAAAAUAUUAGGUAAGUAAUAUAAAAAUGAUUAAUGCCCCCGCGGCCCCGCCUCCACUAAAUAUUUUUUCCGGGCUAUUGUAUUGGCUAUGGUGAAAAAAAAACAAACUAAAAAUGGAAAACAUCGCAUACAAUUCAAACGAAUUCGAAAUAAAAAUUUCACUAUGUUCAGACUUUCAGAAUAGGCAUAUAUACAUUUAUUGAUCCUAGAGCACCCGAAAUCCGGACCUUAAUAAUUACGUACCAAAUGACAAAACAUUAUUGUGUCCUGUGUCGUAAAAACGGACGACAACCCCGUCUGAGUUGUCUGUCUCCAAUAAGUUAAGUUCCGUAGUAAGUAUAUAAAAAGCAGGUUUACUCGCGUGACAGAUACGUCUGUUUCGUUUUAUCCCAUCAAUCCGGUGUACCUUCGUUUUUUUUUUAUUGACAUCCCUUCUCUUAGACCGGUAUACAUAUACGGCCGCGAUUGUGUUCUACGCUCGCCCCUUUCAGCAGCUACUGCAGGGACCCACCCUUUUUUUAUUUCUUUAUAUUUUAUUUUAUAGCAUAAGAUAAACGCCUACACGAAACAUUUUUCUUCUCCGAUAAACUGUAGUAUACGUAUUAUAGUGAUGUCAAGUCGUUUCACGAGAAUUUAAAAAUUAAAAUAAAUAUAUCAAAUAGCUGCGAAACAGUUGUCGCGUUUUUCAUUAAUAUUAUAUUUAAAAUAUUUGUUCGUGGCGUGGUGAAAAUCCAUGACUGUAUAAAAAAGAUAUCGCUGCAGAGGUGUAAUCUAUUUUUCGUGAAGGGAAUGUUUUUUUCUUUUUGAAAGUCAAAGUCCCAUAUUAAAUGCAUUAAGUCCCUCGUCUAUCCGGAAUAUUGGCUUCUAAUUACAAGAAGAAAAUCAACAUAAUAUAUUUACUGUUGUUUGCUAGCUGUAAAAUUGCUGCUGAUUUUCCGGAACUUUUUAAGCCGGAUCGCGAAACGGCUGCGCCAUCUCCCCCCUGCGUCAAAAUCCAUUAAUAAUCAUUUCGGUUGGCCGCGGGUAGAAAGAGAAUUUUUAAUUUUAACCAACUGCAAUUUAUACGAAUUGUGUUUAUUAUAAGAGAGUAAUUCAUUAUUCGGCUCGCAGAAACCUAUUUAUUUACUCGAUAUAUUAUUAUUAUUUAUUAUUAAACACAAUUUUAUAACAAUAUACAUCGAUUUGAAUAACAUUCAAACGCAAUAAUAUAAUGUUGCGGGUAUAAAAUAAUCCGAUGCUAUACGUAUUGGUGUUUUUCUAUGCGUUUUAUAAAAAAAAUUCAUCGUACACACGCUGCACGGUCGAAAAACAGCAUACGGAAUUACAGAAACGACCGUUGAUAAACGGAUAUGGUCUGGACACGCGCGUUCGGUAGCCCCCGAGUUUAUAAUAUUACCCCAUUACCACAAUGGUCAGUAAUAAUACAACAGCUCGACCUAACCUAUAUUUUUUUAUUUAUUUAUUUUUUUUUUUUUUGUUAGUUUUUGUUGUUUUAUAUUAAUGUCGCUAUAUAUACAUGAAGUGCGGGUGCGCACAAUCUAAAGAUAAAUAUCUAUCCCCGGGGUACGGAAUUUCGCUGUGCGUAUCACGUGAUUCGAAUAACCAUUUUAUAUAAUAUUAUUUGUAUAACCUCUUUGAAACCGACUCGCGUUUGACAAUAAUAUUAUAAUACUCGUACAUACGCAUUACAGGUAUUGAUAUUCUUUGCGAAAACGCGCACGAACGACAACGAUGACACGCACCACGCGGCGGUGAGUAUCGUAAUAAUACUCGGCGCGGUUGUGUUUAUACGAUGGUUCGCUUAUAACUUUAUUAUAAUUUAAUUUCGUAUUUUCGUGUUUUCCAAACAACUAAAUACAUUAUUUCAAAAAUAAUACACAUACACGCGUAUUUUGUACCACUGUUUAGGCGAAUACACAAACCGCGUAUAAGAAGAUCGAUUGUUAUCACUUGACACGUUUGUCUAAUAUGCAGCAUAUAGUAUAUAAGGGUCGGUACUAUAGCAAAUAAAAAGUGCGCGAUGGAGCCGAAUCGAGAGUUGGAGAAGAACGGGAGAUUGCGAGGUGUACACAAAAGGCGGUAGCGGAUUUUCAAAAUUUUUCUGGGAGGGGUCCUGAACAGUAAUUAAAAAGUAUCCAUUAUAAUAGACGCGUCUUUUUAGACGGCAUUUUAUUGGAUUUACAUCAGUGUCUGAAGGGGCAAGACCUGUGUAGUAUUCGGGGGGAACCGUCAAAAUGUUAUUAUCACCAUCUUCGCGGAAUGUGUCUGCAACGUUUACUUUUCGGGUGUUGAUUCACGGAAAAUUGAUUUUCUCUUUUGAGUGAAUGGGAAAUUUGCAAAAUCAAACCACGCCCCUGAAAAUUUUUCCCGGCUCAAUGACCUCAGAGUGUAUAAACAAUGAUAUUUUAUAUAAACCUCCGCAAAGUUGUUGUAUAAGAUAAUAAUAAUAAUAAUUAGUAAUUACGUUCUGUCGUUUAUUUCGGUUCGUUAAUUUUUCACGACCCGUUAAUGACUUAAUAUUACACCGCACGCUGUUACACUAAAUUGCUUAAUCGGGUAUUCAAGACCGAAGAUCCGACUGUAAUAUAAUAAAAAUACGCACCUAAUAAUAAUAAUAAUAAUAAUAAUAAUAAUAAGGCGCGCACGGCGGUUUGUUAAUAAUUCAAUUUUUUACGACGACGUUGUUGUUUUAACGCGACUAAACAUCGAACGUUUACGACGACGGCGGUUAAUGGUAUGGCAGAUGGUAAUAAAAUAUUUACAAAAAAAUUAACCCCACCUCCCCCCCCCCGCGCACACUUGUCGGCCUAUUGAAACGAUUCCAACCUAACCUAACCUAAUUGAAUAAUAAUAAUUUCAAACCCAAACGGAGUGUAACGCAGAACCGGAAUUCGGGAAAAAAAACCCGCUUUCGCAAAACGAUUUACCGACUGGAAUUACGUCGAAAUUCGGAUAUUAAACGCACUGUAAUUGUUUCGGAUCGUUAACCACUGUAAUUGAACUGCGCGGGUAUAAUAAUAAUAUAUUAGGUAUAUUGUCGCUCGCGUAAGUGCUCUUUCGGGAUUUUUUUUCCCGGCCAUUUUCGGUAUAAUAUAAAGGGAGUUAUUAUAUUUGAACCGUCGACAUUUCAUUCCGUAUCCCAUCACGGAUAAACGCGUCAUAUCGAACUUUGGUUUUCAAAUAUAGCACAGCCAAUUACGUUUUUAAAUUAAGUAUUCGAAAAUCAAAAGUUGAUAGUAUAGAUAUGUGCUUACAGUAUAAUAUACGGAAUAAAACUGCAAAUUGUGUAAAUACUGUAAACGACUUCAUCAUGUACGUAAUGUCUCGAGUAAAAACACCAAAAUCAAAUUUACUCGAAAUCUUCGUAUAGAUAUUCGUUGGUUCACGGUAUAAAAGUGUUACACUGUAUACCAUAUACAAGUAGAUACAUAUUAUUGUGUUUGUGACGGGAUGUGGACGUAUGCGGCCAUUAGUGAAUACUACCUACUAUAAAACUGUAGAAUCUAAUUGUACAUUUGCUAAAAUUAUUUUCUCUCGCAGAGGAAAUUCUAUGGUUCGUGAAAUCGCGACAGUUAAAACCAAAACGGCGUUGGUGUUCAUAUAUUAACAAAACGUUUCGCAAACAACCCGUUGACACCAGUGACGGAUUUAUGAUCGAAAUUAGAAUUAAUGAAAGAGUUUUAUUAUUAAACUAUAAUUGUAUAAUUACAUGCAUAAUAAUGAAUACUAAAUAAUUAACCUGAGUAAACAUUUUUUCAAAAUUUUUAUAUUCAAUUAUGAAUUUCAAACAAAUUUCUAGAUAGAUUUUGGGAUAGUAAAUUGCCAAAUAAAACUUAAAAAUUAUUAACUAAACGUUUUACUUAGGGUAAUACUGCCCAUCCUUGGUUUCACCCAAUUGGGUCAUAUAAUAAAUUAAUUUUUACGACCAUAAUUUCAUCAUCGUGGCCAUACAGACAUGUCGAAGAUUCUUUUAGCUCAUCUAUGAGCCACAUACGUGAACGUAUAACUUAACAGUAACGAAAUUUACCUCGACGUAUUGGGUGUCUCGAACUACUGUCUCCAUUUGGACCAUUCUUUGGAAGAUUAGACGGCUUAUACGAUAACAGUCUGGCAUAUAAUAAUGUUUUCUGAACGGUUUUGUCAUUAACCUCAACAUUUUUGAUUACUGUCAACCCGUUUUAAUAAAACAAAAAUGUUUAAAAAAAAAUGUUGGGCUCAGAUAUCAUGGGAAAAUAAAUUAUGAGUGUUACCUGUAAUCACGGUUUUUUGAUACGCACACCUCGCUCAAAUACAUAUACACCUUCACUUCACCUAUUAUCGUAAAUUCUCUAUAUUAUUGAGUAUUGUCUAAAAAUGCGUUACUGGUAGCUGUGGAAAACUCCGACAAAGGCCAGGUGUUUUUUUUUUUGUUACAAAAUAAUUAUUGGCAUUGUCUAUGAAUUCAAAAUAAUUAAAUAUCACCACUGGCUGAAGCGAGUAUUUAUGGGAAAUAGUGGUUUUAAAUAAAAGUAGAAUGGGUUUUGGGACUUUGGUAUGGUAUUUGAUAUUUAUACAGAAAAAAAAAUAGUUGUCAGCCAACCCCGAUUACGAUUAAUGACUACCAGCUCUACGGGGAUUAACGGCUUCGAGAUAUUGGCCUCGAAAUCGAAAUCCCUGUUGGAAAAUCCGCUGUGAAGAUUAAUAAUAUUCGCUGUCAAAGAAAAAAAAAAAACGUCAGACAGUGUUGUUACACGACUAAUGGGUGUAAGAAUCUAAAUUUACACCCACGUUUUAUUUCGAUUUAUGAUGACCAGCUUUGAAGCUUUGAAUUGUCGUUUUGAUCAAUAUAAAAAUAAAUUCCAACAUCGUAAUUUCAACGCAAUCAAAUUGUUUGUUUAUACAAAACAGAAAAAAUUACAAACCUUUUAGAAAGAUUUUAGAGAUAAAUAUCAAGAGCAGAAAACAAUAUUCUAAAACAGGUCUAAAAUUAGUUUUUAAAUUUAUUAUUAAAACCAAAUAGGGUUUAAAAAAAAUGUUCUCUCUCAUCUGUUUCGUAUAUUAUAGGUGUUUAUAAAAACCAAUUUGAAGGGUACUUCAGUAUGCACUACUGUUUUACAGGAACAUGUAUUUUUGAAAAAAAAAAAUAUAUAUUACGUCAAUAAAUAGGUACUCAUAAUAACGACAUACUCGGGACCACUUGUUAAUUUAUUCGAAAGUGAAUUUUAACGUUUUCGAGUCGGUAGAUUAUAAUUUUUUUUAUUAUUGCAUUACAAUUGUCCAUAGGUCUUAUAUGUGAGCUAUCAGUUAUUUUAAUUCAUUAUUAUUUUUAAUGAUAGUGACCGGUGGCUUACACCGACGGGAAAGGAUUAAAUUAAAUCUCUCUCCCCUUAUUUGGCUUAUAAAUACAACAACUAUGAAUAUUUAUUUAGUAAUUUAAUCUUGAAAUGUAUAUCUUAGUCAAGUUCUACUAGGAUUUAUUGAAUACUAUUUUUUAUUUUUUUAUUUUUAAAUUUCCAUUUUUCAAGUUUGGAUGUGGAAGAAUUGUCUACAGUUUAUUCAUAAUUAUUCUUUUGCUAUAUACUUCGAACUUUUUUAAGAAGGUUUUCUGUAUUUAAAUGGAUAUAUAGUAAAAUUCAUUGGACGUCCAGUUUGCUUACUGUGUUUAUCCACUAAAAAAAAGAAAUUAAUAACUGAAUUAGAUUUCGGAACAAACUAUUAAAUUUGUACUGAAAAUAUGGUACUCUCGCUGGUGGCGAGAGAGGUAACUCAAAAACAUUCAAAAGUUAAGAAGAAAUUUUGAUAUAUUAUCUGGUACGCGAAGCUUUAUUUUUAAGUUAGCCGGUAGCGAACGACUGUGUGAACACGCAGUGGAUAUUCAAAAAUAAUUAAAUAUUAUUACACUUAACAGUUUACACAAACAAUAUAAAUUAAUUGUAUACAAGUUCAGUCCAGUGUAGUGUAUAUAUUAUAAUAAUAGGUAAGUCUAUGGUUAUCGGUUAUAACUUUCGGUUAUCCAAAAAGACAAAGUAUUUUGCAUUAGAAGAAAUAUAUCCACUAAUCGUUUUAAACUAAAAAAUCUAUGUGCAACUCGAUGGGUCCGAUUGCCAUAAUGCAGUUAUAUUGUUUGAAGAACUUCUACCAGCCAUUUUACAUGCACUAAAUAAAAUUACACUUUGGACAGAUCCUGACACUUUUAGUUCUGUAAGUCAUCUUCUUACUGCGAAAAAACAGUUAAAAUUUCAAACAGCUUUAUCUAUCUUAGUGAAAAUACUUUCCAUAAGUUUUCCACUUAGCCGAUAUCUUUAAGCAGUAAAUCUUGAUUUAAAAACUGCAUUAGAAGCUGUUUGUGUUCAAAAUAAUAUUCAGAAUAUUAGAGAAAUUGUAAUGUAGAGUUUCAACAGUUAUUUUUAUCCGUAAUAACUGUCUGUGAAAAAUUUGAUAUUACUGUUAGUUUGCCACGUCUAAAUCAAAUGAUCCAGAAGUAUUCAUACCUUUUAUAGAUAAUUGUUUAAACCAAUUAAACAAUAAGUUUAUAUCGCACAUGGUUUUUUUAAAAUAAUUUUGAUUGUAUUUUACCUAAGAUAGAAAUGAAAAUAUUUGAAGAUAUUAAAGGUAAAAAUCAAACAAUUCGUAGAAACAUAUCAAGAUAUAAUUGAUGAAUGUAACGAUUCAAAUUUAAACGGUUAUAUAUAAAACGGAAAAUUAGAUUUGUGGUACACUAAAUAUUCAAAUUUAACAUCUUUCGAACUCAAGAACAAAAAUACUAUUGAAGUAUACUUCCAAACUAGUCCAGAUGUCCACUUCCAGUAUCAAGUGCCACGGGAGAACGAUCGUUUACAACACUCCGUCGUUUGAAAACAUAUUUGAGAAAUUCUUCGGGACAAAUACGUUUAAAUGGCUUAGCCAUGUUACAGAUGAACUUGCUAAAACAUCAAAACGAAAAAUGAAUAUACAUUUAUAAUUUUUAAAAAAGAUAAAUUUAUCAACUUUUAUAUAAUUAGCGCAGUAAAAUAAUAAUGAAAUGUAUAAUGUAUGAUCAUAAUACACACAAAAUUCAAAACAAUUUCAUUUGUUAUAUUUUUUCGACCCCUCCCCCCCUCAAAAAAAAAAAAAGAUUCUGUAUAGGCCACUGGUUGGCCCUCGAGUAAAUAGUAAGUAGAUUACAAAGUCAAAACGCUCUCUUAUACAUUUUUACUUAAGUACAUUAGUAUUAAAUGAAAUUAAAAAACACAUUUUUAAAAUGUAUUUUAUAUUAUAUUAAAUUAGUGUUCAUUGACCGCCUUCUGAAUGUUUUCCAAAAUAUUAAUUCACCUGACAAACAAUUUUUUUUUUUUAUCAUAUACCCGUGUUUUAUUUUAAACUACAAAUCACUGACAGCCCUAACGCCUAAGUCUGUAAAAAUGAGAAGGCAAAUUUGUUUUGUUGCUAGUAAACGUUUGGACCCGACUAAGUGAGUAUAUAAACCUGUCGAAACCCGGAACCCAACUAGCGCAGUAUCCACGGUCAAUUGGGACCCAACUAGUGUACUACCCAUCAGAGCCGCUUGGUUCCGGGACCCAAUUCGCUCGGAUAUAGAGCCGUCUAAUCAAAUCUCGCAAUAACGAUUAUCGAACUACGCUCUUUUACCGCCGGGAAAAAACACAGUAUAAAAUUGGCACAGUACGAUUGGCCGUACGUGUAACUCGUGGCCACUUUUGACCCAAGCCCCAGAUAUGCGUACACGUGUAUAGUUUACGACAAGUUUCCAGACACCCUGUUCAAACGCGUAUACGUAUUAUUAUGAAAUUUAUAUAGGUGUGUAGAUAACUAUAUAUAUAUAUAUACGUACAUGUACGAGUAGUCGUAGUGUCCUUUGUGUACCAAACAUAUAUGUGUGUAUAUAUACACUAAACGUGCGUAUAUUAUACCGCAAACCCUUUUGGCUUUACCGUCAGCCAACCGGGUAACGGCUAUAUUUAUACACACAACUCUCCGAAAACACACAUGACCGCGUUUCGAGGGCGAGCCUCAAAAAGCUUAAACGCUUUUAAUCCCCCCUCCCCACCUUCCCCCCGUCCCCACCUCCCCCCCGUCCCCCUCACCGUCUCGGCCGCCUGCCUCUGCACGUCAUUCCGCGAUAUAAUAUAUUAUAAUAAUAUCGUAUACGCGGCCGUUAUUCACCCGUUUUUGUUUCCCCGGGCCCGUAUAUAAUAAUAAUAAUAAUAAUAAUAAUAAUUUUACGCCGUAACAUCGCCACAUUUUAUAUCGAAUAAAUACCGUUUAUGUUAUAAUACGCGAUUCGUUUUCGAAAAACGCCAUCGUGACACAGGUAUAAAAUAUUUUAUAUUUUAUCGCGUCGUUUUGUAUAUAAUAUACCGUUGCACCGCGCGUAUAGGUCUAUAAUGAUAUCGACGGUGUUUCGUUGAAAAAAGGGCGUCUAUCAGAUUUCACUUUUUUUGGGGAAACAAAAACAAAACCGUUUUUUUAAAAAAAAAAAAAAAAAAAAAAAAAAACAACAAAACAGUUUUCGUUUAACAGUUUAUCGUAGAAAACAAUAGAAUCACUCGUACACAGAGUAUACAUGCGUUGAAUGCGGUACACGCCCUUUUAACAAAUCAGUGUUGAUUUCAUUAUAUUUUAAAAGGGCGCCCGGACAUCUUUUAGUCGACAUUACCGCAACUUAAUUGCCUGUAUUAACUGUACCAAUUUACACUCUUGAGUUUUCUGAUUUCUUCGAUGUCAAAAACGCGUAUUUUUCGAUUUUUAGUGGUAUACUCCCGGAAACGUCCGAAAACCCCUGCAAUUAUUACUGCAGCGGAACGUCGACAAAUCAGUGUUCAAGGGAAAUUAAAUUGUCGUCGAUAUGAGUUUUGACUUACUAUAAGGAUUUCGAGAAAAAAAUUCCACUUGAAUAGGUUUUAUAAUAUAAUAUCAUGUAAGUCCAUAUACAUGCUCAUUUAUUAUUACACUACGUGCCAACGGUGAAUAAUUGUUAAAAAAAAAAAAACGUAAAACACAUUAAAAAUGGGAUGGAAAGGUCUAAAGAACUACGUCAAUAAAAGUUUCGACAAACAGAAUUGCAUACCUAAUAUAAUAUUGCAAUUCGAAUUUUGUAUUAAGCUGAGCUCGAAACCGGUAUUGAAUAUCAAAAUCGAAAUUGAAACCGAACAAAAUCCGAUACCGAAACCGUCAAAGACCGAUGUCGGCGAUCGAAUUCGAAAUUUUUUUUUUAAAAUAAACAAAUCUCGUUCGCUACAAAUUCACAACCUUAUUCGCGGCGGCCGUGAAUCGCUCGUGUAUUUCAAACGUCACUAAUGUAAUAAUUUACACGUUUACACGAAAAUAUCAAAUAUUCCUUGUUGGCGCGCAUCACAAUAAAAUAUAAUUUCGCCAUUCGUUUUAUGUACGCGUAUUAUUAUCAAUAUUAUUUUUUAUUUUAUUAUUGCCGGAUAAAAACUGUAUAGGUACGUGUCGUUUACUCGUUUGCAGUGUACCGGAAAUCGGUCGCUCCGGGUUAAAAUAUAAUAAUAUAUAUAAAUAUAUAUUUUUUUUUUUCGUAUAUUAUAGAACGAUAAAAUCGAUGGAAAUAAUAAAUUUUUCCGUAUACCUCUGCGUUUCUGACCGGUCCGGACGUCACGUCUUCUCGAUCCGGCGCGGUGCGGAUCACACAAAGUCCCGGGCACGUAUACGGGAUUAUAUUUAAGGGCGGGGGGGUUGGCCAUACAUUCCCGCUGUGUGUACAUAGUUACGCGACUAUACUUCUUCUUGUAUAAUAUGUAUAUAGGAAAUAUAAUACAGAAGAAAAAAAAAAGAAAAAACGAAAUCGAAAAAAAAAUAUCCGCUCGAGAAUAAUUCCGGGCCAUGAGUGCGGAACACGAAGAGGGGAGAGGGGAGGGGAGGGGUUGUUCGUUAAUCCUAUACAGACACGGAGCCGAGACCGUCUCUUCGUAUUCUCAGCUGUAUUCGUUUCUGUAGCGGGCAAUUCAACCGACGGAUUCUCGGUUUUACGCCACACACAGCGAAAAAAAAAAAAUAAUAAUGAUAAUAAUAUUGUAUAUUCCGUAGGUAGGUAAGUGUGUACACGCACUGCGGUCAUAAGUCGUAAUUCGAAAAUCGAUUUAGUUCACCUAUUCUCCUCCGCUAGCCCGCCCCGUAGAGAAAUAAUUGUUUUCGCUCUCUGCCUCCCCCCCUCUCGCCCCUCCCCCGAGUCUUGUGCAGUAGCCGUACGCGCAAUAGUACUGCAGGUUGUAAGGUGUAGGUAAAUUAGGAGGUACCUACGACUGUUUAUGGGCUCGCGUGCGCGUCGAUCGUUUGCAGGUCCGACUAUAACAUGUAGGGAACGGUGUAGAACUACAACGGUCUCUAUUAUAUUUUAACGGCGAGGAAACACGAGAAACGACGACUAUUAUUAUUAUUAUUAUUAUUAUUAUUACUAUUAUUAUGUGUACUGCGUUAUCCUUAACCGGGCGGCCGUCGACACCGCCGUCUCCUACGUCCUGCGUCCUCUUUUACCGUCGCUCCCGUCCGCGUAUUUACAGACCUCUCCCUCCCCUAUCCGGGGCCCGCCCGAGCGGCGGGUACCUGUACAAAUACGAAACCCGCCCGAGCGGUUUUUCGUCGACUAGGAGGUACCUAGGUUUUAGGUUUACGCUUGCGACGCUAUAUAAUACUUCCUGGGCACUUGGUAUCGGGGUCGGGCCUGGACCAACACGGGUGACGUUCUUCCGUUUUCCGUCGGCUUUGUCUUGAGACCCGCGAUGAGUUUUCAUCCACUCGGUAGUACAUAUUGGUUUUAGAUUCAAACUUUUGAACCCCUCAGAAAACACUAAUUUCCUUCGUCCCCGGCACAGGGUCUGGACCAAGUAUCUAGGUUAUGUUUUAUAAAACUUCUAAAACGCUUAAAACCCACUAGGUUACACGUUUUAACAGAACUCGGACAGGGCGCUGUGAAUACGAGAGACCCGCCCCUAUAAUUGUAUAGGUUAUUUCCAUCAGGAAAAUUUAUUUCGUAUAAUAGAUUAAUUCAAUAAUUUCAAACUGAAAUUUUCAACAUAUCAGCGGACGGAUUGGUGUCUGACAACAUCACGAAACCGAAUUUUUGUACUUAUGGAUUCUUAAAUUUUGGAUUUUUUGCUAGCGGGUUUUCUCGAUUAAACGAUUUGUCGUCACGUCCAACCGGCAAAAGUGAAUUGCGCGUGAUGCGAAGUAUGUUCGGGUUUUUUUUUUUCAAGUUUGUUUAUUUUAAACAUUAACUUUUAUUCCGAUGUUUUUUUUUUUUCUAUUACCUAGAUACUAUCCACCCUGAACAAAAAAUAAAUACGUCGUUAAUUCUAAUGUUUCUGUAACAUUAUUAAUAUUCUGUACGCGAGCAUUUCGACACAAUGCGAUUUAGCCGAAUAUAUUACCGUGUUCGCCACGAAAACCAACGCCACUUGGAACAAUCGUCACGUUUCGGGUGUUCGCGGUAAUAAUAUUAAAUGUAUCGAUCACGUGCACUUUAUGGGUAUAGACACCGUUCGUUUGCGGACUCGCGGUUACGCGAUUCGAUAAAAUUUCACAUUGUUUGAAACAUAAUUUCGUAGCGGAAUAAUAACAAUUUGUCCAACCAAUCCGUUCUUGAGCGAUAUUUUGUAUAAAUUAUACAAAUAUAGAACAUAGUGGGUGCCGUCGUAAUUUAACGACAAUAUUAUUAUUUAUAUUUUUUUUUUUUUUUUUUUUGUCCUCGGUAGAUAUGUACUUAGCUAUAACACCGGUAUUGGCAAUAACGAAUACAUAUUGCGUAUCAUCCGCGAUGAGUAAUUCGUGUAUUGGUAAUCGGCGAAUCGAGCCUGAAAAAUAAUAUUAAUCUUUACGACGUCGCGAUUUUUACGUUUCAAAAUCGGACCAUUAAUCAUGUACAACAUACGCGGUGUUGUUGUUAAUUUUUUUUUGUUUUCCCGACUACACAGCCGCUAAAUAACAAACCUCUCGCGGGCGUUUUAAGUGACAUCAUCGUCGCAUCGGCGCGGCGUGUAAUUUGUUACGCGUUAAUAAUGUACAUAAUUUCUAAAACGCAAAAACCGUAUUUGUCGACGGUUAUCGUUCGCCGUUCUCCCCGGUAUACAGGGCGAUCGACAUAACGCGUAGGUCGUAUGUCUUAUACCGGUACGCCGUGGUACCGUAACGUAACGUAACUAAUAUCACACUCAUUGUCACGGAAAGUCGUAAUUUUUGUUUCGGAAUCGGGUUUUAUUUUUUUUUUUUUUCAAAAAUUGUCAGAAACAAGUGCGACUCUAAAAUGUUACGUUACCGUUAUAUUUUUUUUUUCCAUCGGUAUAGCUUUACUGCCCUCUCCACUGCUUGUAGUAACAAAACGGAAAUUAAAAACGUCAACACCAAAGCGUAUUUAAACUUAUUCGCAUUUUUAUCACUAUAAGUUUCAAUAUGAAAAUCAAAUACGGAUAGUGGUUUUGCCGUCAAAAAUAAGGUGACAACAAAUAAUAACGGCAAUGUAGGUAACGUUUUAGACUGGUUUGAUUUUACCAAUUUCCAAACAAGUUAAUGCUUUCCGAAAAAAUAAUUAUCUUACGUCAUGAUCACCUUGUAUUAUUAUUAUUACUGUCGUACAUCAUGAAUUUUAUCGGCGUGAACAAUUUAAUAAACGUUGAUGACGUUAUCGAGACGUUCUAUUUUAUUUUUUUUCAUUUUUUUUUUUUUUUUUUUUUUUUCGUAUCAUCGCUUAUUUGAUAAUAAUUGACAUGCUCGGUGGAUAUUUUUUUCUCGACGUCCUGUCAUUUUUCGAUCGUGAGACUGAAACGACCGAAAAACAAUGUAAUUUAUAAACAGUAUCCAUUGUGUUUUAUAAAACGUUUACGAAGCGAUCGGACACGAUGCUAACUGGACGAUCCGUCCUGCAUUGUCUACCGUGUUCCAUCGUGAUAAAAAUAAAAAAAAAAAAACAAACGAACUUACCGUCUCAUUUGUCCCUUAUUAUAUUAUUGAAUAUUUUUUUUCGCCCUCGGCAUCGGCAGCAGUGACGGUAGCCAUUUGCUUGUCGUUUGCCAUUUCGUAAUAUUGUUUCGCGUGACAUAUCGAACGGCGGCGGCGCUCUCCUAUUCAUCGCCAUAGUUAUCGUCGUCGUCGUCGUCAUCCGCCGUUUUACACGACGCGAUCAUGUCUGGGUCGGUGCUGACAACAUAAGCCCGCCGGGUUCGUGUGUGCGCGUCUUUAUCUGCUGCGCCGGUGACGUUUUACGAAUCGUCUUUUACGUCGGUCCACGUCAAUAAACGGCGAUGAGAUGAAAUACGACGAUAACGAUUUCCGAACAGAGGCGAUGGCGAGGGAGAGACGAAGAAAUUCGGCGCAAAACGCGCCAGGGCGAUAAUAAUUGUCGGCAUUCGCGCAGUAGUUAGAAAAAAAAAAUACGUCCUUUUUUUUUAUUUCGUAUUUUAUAACGGCGACGAUCAGCGUUUUUAUCCCCUUGGAUUUGCAAUCCGAAAUAAAACGAGUAAAACCGUUUAAUAACGCCCGAUUCGACUUGCUAUAACAAUGUUUAUAUAUAAUAACGUCCGACGGUCGAUCCGUUUUUUUCCAACUGUAAACUAACAGCGGUGUGUUUUUUCUUUUUUACUCUAGGGCACUGGCACGGAUGGACCGGCACCGGUGCACUUUGAGCCUCAGGUCGCCGUGUUAUGCGAUUCCAAAUCAGAUAACCCGUACUACAGCCAAUACAUGUCAGAAAACGGUCGGUGGACGUCCGACAUGAAACGCAAGGUCAGCUGUUUAAAGGAGAAAGUGGAAAUCCUGGACUAUUGCAAAAAGGUAAGAAUAUUUUGUUAAUAGGUUUGAAAGAGAGGUGAAAUUAAAUGGCGGUCGCUAUAAUAUAGAGUAACGGUCAGAGUUAGAGUAUAGUAGAGAAGUUCAAGCGUAUGGCUAGGUUCAGCGAUAUGGUACACUAUAAACGAUUCGCUAAAAUGAAGAGAAGCGACAGGACUGUUGCGUUUUGGAUAAAGGGUAUUAAACAAAAAUAGAUAACUUACAAACGAAAGUAGCUAACGAACGAAAAGGUUUAAGUAGGUAUGUUGAACCACCUACAGAUUAGACAAGAUUAGGAAUGAAUGUAAUCUAGAAGUAAUGGGUAUGGCAGGAAAAAUGAGAGAGAAUGGAUUGAGAUAGAUAAUGAUGAGUGAUACGAUAAGGUAGGAAGUAAUAAAUACAUAGGUGAGAUAUGUAUAGAUGCGAAAAAUUUUGGAAGAAGGCCUUAGAAAAAAAAAAAAAAACUGGCCAGAGGUUAGUAAAGAAAAUACAUAAAGGAGUAUGGAAUAGUUGAGGAAAUGAAAAUAGAUAGAUCGAUGUAAGGAGAUGUGGAAUAGAAUAUGAAUCGUGUACGGGCGUUACUGCGUGUUCUUUGGUAUACAGGGCUAUACAUAAACAGAGCAAGUUAAAUAUAUAGAGAGCGAGAGAGAGAGAGAGAGAGAGAGAGAGAGAGAAUAAGGUCAAAACGAAAAAAAGACCGCAGCCUCCGAUUAAAGCGAUAUCGUAAAAUCGAUCGUGAGUGUAAGGGUGUGCGAUGGAUUUAUAGCGCGGUAUAGUUCAAGGGAGACGAAAAGAAAUACCACAAUAUAAUAUAUUAUAUUAUAUUAUUAUUAUGUGUAACAUGUGCGCGCGGUGUUUAAAAAGAUAAAAAAUAAAUGUGGGUCUAAAACCGCGCAGUUUUUAUUGUGUUUUUUUUUCCUUAGGUAUACCCGAAGAACGACAUUACCAACAUAGUGGAGUCCAGCCAUUACGUAAAAAUCGGUAACUGGUGUAAAAUGGGAUACAACAAAUGCAAGCACACGGACUGGGUGAAACCGUACAGAUGUCUCGGUAAGUGUUCGCGAAGGUUUUAUUUAUCGUGAACCCUUCGACCGGCGCGAGAUUAAACUGCUGCCGUUUUUGUUUGGCCGCGAUCGUUUCCCUCGUCUGUAAAUCUCCCCUUAAUACUAACCUCCCCUAUCUCUUCCCCUCCCAUAGUCUCACUUCUUCUAUCGUUCACCGCGUUUGUCCGUCGAUUUAUACACAGUCUCUUUUAUGGCUCUCGUUUCUUAUUCUCGUGAUUGAUUAGCUCUCUCGCGACGGCGGCGCCGGGCACCGUGUUUCUUGUCUUGACUUACAAUUACACCGAGAGUAUUUCAGAGGGCUUAUAUACUGAUUGGCAGAACCUUUUCAAAAGCCUUUCCGCCGGAAUCCACUGAAUUGAAAAAUAAAAAAAAAAAAAUACAAAAUAAAGUACCUACUGCACGUUUCGCGAUGAUAAUACUAUAUAGGAAUAGUGCACAACGUAGUUUGAUAUACAUUAGCGAAAAUAAUUAUCAGGGAUAAUUACAGGACGACGAUUAUGGUAUCUUAUUACCACUCUUGAUUUUACUUAGGUAGGUAUGCAAUUUUAAUGUAAUCUUGCACUCGGAUACCUAUAUACAUUUUAUAUUAUUAUAAGUAUAAUUUAUUGUUUUUAGUAAAACGAAACUCGAAAACAAAUUAAAAAAAAAAAAAAAAACAACAUUAAAAAAAAUGAUCCCAUUCGUUUCAAAACUAUGAUAUAUACUUAUAUACUAAGUACCUACUCGAAAAGAUAUUAUAUUUUACAACAAUUUUUGUGUUUUUUAAUGUAUAAAACCAACGGUUUUGUUCAUUAAAAUUUCACUAAAAUAAAUAGACUGACGAGGUGAAUAUUAUUUAUUGAGAUUUUGGAGUGUUUACAAUGAUGAGUAUCGUUGGAUCGUUAUUAUUAUUUUCACGAGCUGCACGAAUCUACACAGCUUUAAUACGUUGCUUUUAUUAUCUAUCCCGAACCGGGUUAUAGUAAAAAUGUUUACGAAUAAAUUUUGAACUGCAGCCCACCAUCGCUGCGUCCGGAGACGCACGCGAAUUUCAAAACGUCGUCGCGAUUCGCCGGUGUUAAAAAAAAUAAUUAUGACCUGAUAAACUGACGACGGCCCGUUAUAAAAAUUAAAUAACCAAAAAUAUUAUUAUAGAAAAUAACCCGAUCGCGCUUUUCCAAAAUUCUUUUAUGAGAACUGAAAGUAGUUCCCACGGUGUUUAUAAUUUUGUAAUAGGCAGUGGCGCCCAACCUAUUAUAGAUAAACUGAAGCGAUCGUUUCAGUUCAUAUAAUUAUAAAGGUGUGUCAAAUCAAUAGGUAUAGAUAAAUUUUGAUCGUGUGAGACGUUCGUCAUAUUGCCAUACUUAAUAGUAAAGCUAUUGAACUACUCGUAAUAAGCACUGAAACACAAAAUAAGGCAUUAAGCACAAUCGACACAAUAUGAUACAAAUGUAAUGCAAUUGCCUAAUCUAAGUAACUCCGUGUACAAGAUUGUAUUCGAAUUUCAUACAUUUCGACAGUCGGUUUUUCGUGAAAAAGAAAAUUCAAAUGUUGUUUGUAUGUUUUAUGUUAGGCUCGCCGUUUUAAACUAGUUAUUGUUUAGAAUUCAGCGUUUCUCAACUUUUUUUCAUUCAUGUACAUUGCCUUGACCUCUCACCGCUAUUUUACGGAUCCCCGAACCAUCUCGUGCAAUGCUACGCUAUCAAAUAAAAUAAAAUCUAGUGUGCACGUGCCACCGCUUAUAAUGAUAUAGUAUAUUCUUAUUAUAUACAUAUUAUACACUUAUAUAUUAUGAAAAACCGAUUUACAAUAUUUACAAUAUUUCACAAAUAACAAGUGAUUUCAAUCAAAUACAACAAAUUUUACUUUUUCCAUUCAAUUUUCACAUUACGAUUUUUCUUUCCACAGAACCCCCUAAUAACAUCUCGGGAACCCCUAAGGGUCCGUGUCCCCCCCCCCCGGUUGAGAAACGCUGGUUUAGAUGUUGCUGAUAUAACGGUAUUUAUAAAUCCAUAAUCAAUCCGGUUAUUUCGAACCUAUAAACAAUCAAUUAACAAUAUAGAUAUUUGUAUUUUUUAGCGGCAAUAUGAUAAUAACGAUAACGAUAAUAAUACCUAACAUGUUAUAGGCAAUAAUAUUCGCGAAAAGCGUGAUUUCACGGUGGAUACCGUCGAUUCGGCCUGAUGCUGUGAUUUUUAACGAGUAUCCGGAUGAAUUAUGUAUAGGUUAGGUAUAUAGUCGAUUCCGUGCAGGUUUCCGAAGUGAUUUGUGAACGCCACCGGGGAGAGGCGAUCCAUUAUUUACUCUACGGCCCACAUUGUUAACCGUUCAACUAUAUAUGUACUCGCUUAUAUACCUAUACAUAAACGUCUGCCAUUAUAAUAAAUACUAAUACCCGAACGUUCUUAAUAUACGUUGCACUUGUGUGCCGCGUGUAAAAUGUCCGCUUUUCGGGACUCCGCCGUCGCCACCGAAUAGCGAGUUCACAAUAAUAAUAUUUCUCGGUUAUCGACCGUCGUCGCCACUGUCGCCAUGACCUCCGUCUAACGCCGUCGUCGCCAGAAAAACCUCGCGCCAACGACGACGUGUAAGUAUUAUAAUAUUUCGAUCGUAUGUACGGGGAGACGAUACGAUUGAAAGAUGCGGAAAAACUGACAAAACACGACAGUAUACGUUGAUUUUACAUUUGUUGAUGUCCGAGUUACAAUAAUGCAAACAAAUGUAUUACCAAAACCCCACCAUUUUAUGCAGUUUACCGAGUUUUUUUUUUUUAAUAGUAAUAAUAAAGAUAAUAAAAAUUUGCGUUAUUUAUAAAAAUAAAUAAAUAGAAUUUGAUUUUGUUCAUUAUCUCAGGAAAUAUCGCAAUGGAUAUCUUGGAGGUAUACCCUGUACAAUAUAACUGGGGGAGAAACCAAAUCAAAUUUACUCGAUUCGGAUAGACAUUGUGUAUUAUAAAUUCUUUAUGUACAAAUAUUAACCACUGAUUCAUGAUAAAAUAAUCACCUUUUGUACAUAUAGGUGUUCGGAGAGUGAAAGAGAUCAUUUGUAAUCGACCGAUGGAAUUUACGUCAGAAACCGAACAGGGGUUUUCUGAUUGACUGCGUGCCUUAUUUCUUGUACGUAACACCGAUAAAACGGCACCCUCGCAGUACAAUAGUUUUCCUUUAUCGUUUUAACGUUUUGAACAUUGAAGUUUUACACACAAACCGAAAACAAUAAAAUUAUUCUUUUUAUCGUUUCCACUCUGCACUCACAAUUCUAUAAUAGCACGCAAGUUUAGGUAUUGAACGGAAAAUCCAUUUUUGGCGUUAUAUUAUAUAUGAUUUUAUUAUCAAACCGAAAAAAGCAAUUUUUCGCGAUGAUAUAAUAUUGAAGAUUAUCGUUCAAUGAUCCGAAUAGUUUAAAAUGACUGCAAUAGUAGCGCCAGUAGUAGGUACGAUAUUUCAGCUGAUAAUUCUAAACUAUUUUAAAAGGUAAUUCAAUUAAAACGCUGACGCAAUUUAUAUUUCUUGCUCAAAAUACAAUCGAUUAAACCUAAUUUAUACUUACACUAUCUAUUCGUUUCUAGAAACAACCAUUGUAGUUAUUUUUUUAUUUUUUAACAAAUUUUAUUUUUAGAAUUUGUGUUCGAUUCUUAAACAAAAAAUAAAAUUAACGUUCGUUUAAUUUGUCUGCCGUAUAUUUUAUAUCUUUAAAUUAAAUUUUUAGAAAAAAACGAGAGUUUCAGGAUCGGGUGACACGUUCCGCCUGGUAGCAGUGUUUGAAUCUGUGCUCGAAUCACUGCGCGGUUUUUUGCUGUUAUCAUGACAACAGCAAAAAAAGAAAAAAAUGUUAAGGGAAAAAUACACUAGAGUAAAAUUUAGCUUAAAAACAACUCGCAUAAAAAAAAAAAAAAAAAAAAAAAAAAAAAAAAAAAAAACUCGUUGGCAAAAUAUCCGCAGAUUAUCGUGGUGGCGGAUAUUAUCUCAUUUUUUUUUUUUUUUUUUUUACAGCCACGCGCCGUGAAACUGUAAUUAAAAAACAAUAGACUCUCGAGAGAUUAUUUUGCAGGGCUUAAAAGCUCGUCAAUCGCCUUAUAUUUACUCAAUAUGUACGCAUAUCGUAUAUAUUAUGUAUUACGUUGUAAUCAACAUCACUCUCGCCCUCGCUCUAUACUCUCGCUCAUCAACGGUUUCCGGUUUCCUUAUCAGUUUUUCAGCGAAACCUAUUGUUUUAACGCCGUCGAUAUUUCCGCGACAGUCGAAUAAUACGAGAACACGUGCGUCGCGGUAUAAUUUCCACAUGGUCUCCACGUCUUCGACCGUGUUAUUCGAUUGGUUUCCACAGCAGCAGUAGUAUCUAUCAUAAUCUAAAUUCGAAGGGUUCACACUGCACUCCGGUGCCGGUUUAUUAUACCAAAAUGAAAGUGACGUGUCCGUGAUAGCCAGACCGUAAAUAAAUAUAUUGUGGCGUAACACGCGUGUGUGCACUUUGCGACGACGGCGCACAAAUGAACGUUAACACUUUAAAUGAUGUAACGCACGGCACAUGAUGUUAAUAAGUAUGAGGAUACGCACUUAUGAUAAACGAUUUCAACGCUACCUACAGAAUUUAGAUCCCAAUAAAACGUGUCUGACGAAAAUAUACCCACCCUAGGUCGCUAUAUCUCGAAAAGUAUUGACUUUUUUCGGAUUUUAAGAAACAAGCAGCUCUAAAAUGGUACAUUGCGAUUAUUUUUGUUCUCGCAUAUUUUUAAAUGUAAAAUACUUAAAACUGAGACAUCUCGUCAACGAUUUGACGGAAAUCAAAAAUACAGUCAACACCGAAAUGUCCGUCUAUUUAUGGAAAUUUUUAAUACGUAGGAUUCCAUUUUAAAAUCGAAAGUAGAUAGUCGUUUCAGCCCUGAAAACAGAGAUGACAGAAAAUUACGGUAGUUUAACAUUUUACAGACACUUGUUUUUUCAAUUUUCUAAAAAAAGAAUUCCGAAAAAAAAUUAAUACUCCCGGAGUUAUCGCAAUGGGUAUACCGAUUUGUAUUUAUUACGGCGUAAUAACAUAGCUGUUAUUAUAACUCGAUUCCUUUAAAUCCUCAUAAUAUAGGUAUCGCAUAUUAUAUUCGAAAUAUCUAUCGUGAUUAUUUGUUUCCUCGCGCCCCUUCUCUUCCGUGGCAUAAACGUUUCCAAUACACUUCUAUAAUAUAACCAUAAUGUAGUUGUUCAUUAAUGUGUCGUAACCCAUUCGUAAUUCGGCUCAACAACAUAAUGUAAGCAGUUAUUUGACCACCGAUCCGGUAAUUCAAUUAUAUAUCAUUAUAAUUUUACCAAGACUAUCAUUAAUUAUACGAAGGCACAGGGAAAAAACCAGAAAAAUCACCUGUUUCCAAAAUGGCGAUAUUGGCAUUAAACAAUUUGUAAACAACGUAUACCUCAGCUGAAUGCUGAUUAUUAAACAAAGUUAGCGAUAAACGCAUUAAUCUGUAACCGUGGUCUGUAAUCUGUAUGCAUCGUAUAGACAAUUAUAACCAGUCAAAUAAAUAUUUAUUUAUCAGAUUGAUAUUUAUUUGAUUAUCACUAAAUUUGAGUUAAACAUCAAAAUCCAUCUCAACCUCCCUCUCCCUCCCAAAAAAAAGGCCAUUGUGGAUCCAUCAUUCAUAUCCCCCACAGUGAGAAAGUCUAUUAUAACAUAUGUUGAAGUCAACGCCAUCCAUAUUUGAUGUUCAGAGUCUUGUUUAAAAUUCCUAACUCCAAAGGGGCCCAUUAUUCAUACCGAAAACACUAAGUCCUUAUAGUAACCUCUUCUCAACUUUGAUCAAUCAGCUGAUGAUUCGAUAUUGUAACUUUAUACAUAUAAUAAACGGACAGAUAAAAUAUUAUGUAGUCAUGUGACUUGUGUAUUGUAAAUUCGCCGGAGUUCGUUAAAGAACUAUAAUAAAAUAUACACCCUGUAUAAUAUAUAAUAUAUAUAAAACGAUGAGACGACUCUCGAUCGAUUUUUCAACGGAACGACCCCUGAUUUGGCCCUCGUCCGCGUCGCGCAUCGGUCGGCGUGAUGCCAAGCCAACGUACAUUUUUUAAUCGGAAGGAAAUUUUUAAUACAUUUAUAUUUACUAUGUAUUUUUGUCGACAAAAAAAAAUGGCAAUAAUAAAAAGGGAAAAAUAAACUGAAAGAAUCGCUAGUUUUUGGAGACAAGAAAAACUGUAACAAUAAAUUAUUUUAUUUUAGAAUGUAAAAAAAAUCUGUACAUUUCAAAUAUAAACACAAUAGCAUUCGUUUAAACAAAUAAUGUCCGUGUUUUGUGAAUAAGUAUUUCUCGAAUUAGGAGAACGCAGGGGGACUCCGUACCCAAGCCAAUUUUUCAGAAACUUCAGAGCACCUCUACUAAUUUUUUUAAGUGGAACGCAUGAGACGCCACAUAUUUUUGCAUUUUCAUUUCAAUUUGGACUUUAAAUGCAUAUAAAAAAAUAAAUAUUUUUCUUCACUACUAAUUUGUAAUUCAUGAUAAACUUAAUGUUAAAUUUCGAAUAUUUACACUGAACCAAGACGAUAUUUAUCAUAAUAUUAACUACAUAAAACCAAUAAAAAUUUAAAAAUCGCGACAAUUUUAAAUGGUUAUAAAAUAUAACUCGAAAAUUGACAGAAUAUUUUGAAAAUUAUACCGCGUCUUGAAAUAGCUAUAUAUAAUAAUAAUUAAGUGACAAUUCAGGCCUCUACAAUUAUUUUUCACUGAAAUACAACAAAAAAUUGAAUAUAACUGAAGUUUUUCUCGAUAUUCUCUUAUUAUUAAAAGUAUAACAAGUAAAAUAAAAAAAUGAUUUUAGAAAAUACCUAUUUCCCUACCAAUAACCAUUAACUCUAAUGUUGAUAAUCUGGGCAAAAUUGUUGGUAGAAAAAUUGUCCACAUACAGAAUAAAAAAAACAUACGUUAUAGUAAAUCUAUAAUAGUGUAGUAGAAUCUAAAAUAAAUGUAUAUGCAAGCAAAAACUUAGCUUGCAGUAGUGUUAUUAAGUAGGGUUUUUCUUAAAUUUUUAAUCGUUGAGUCAUGUUUAAAAAUUGGUAUACGAGAGGGGAGAAGCGAAUCUUCCCACAGGUUACCUUAAGUUUAAUAAUUGUAAAGGCGAAAACUUUAUUUUUAAUUAUCUCUUUUAUUUGAUUUUUCUAAUUCGAGCACGAUAAUAUUAUGAUGAUUUUCGUGGUGAAACACUAAUCGUAAAGUAUCAUUAUCGUAAAAUUAUCUCACGAAAAAAAAUUAACAAUUUCAACUUUUUUCCGUUGUGUAUGUUUUGUUAAUAUCCAUAAAAAGUUCUAUCUAGAGUUCUUGAAAACGUCCCUGGACUAUAUAAAAUAAUAAUACGAGUAUAACACUUUCUGACUUUUGGUUUCUUAUAAAAAAAAAAAAAAACAACUGAUUAGAGUUAUUAGAAAAAAUGAAUUUUCGAGAAAAAAAAAUUAGAAUAUUUUUUAUCGAGAGUCCGUUCGGUAUUUAAUACCUAACAAAUUCAUAUUAUUAUUGUACUUUCCUCUGCAGAUCGGUACAUUUAACGCUAAAACGCUAAAAGUUUAAAUUAAAACCUCCGCAUCCCUCAAGAGCUUAAGUUUGGCGGAUUACGCGUGCUCGAGGUCCACGGGACGGUGAAUCUUGAUUGAUGUGCUCGAGAACCCCUGGACCCGGGAAGAGAAAAACAAAAACCGUUAUCGCGGUGUGUAAACGUCAACGCCGCUCGGAUCGAGUGUCUCUCAUUCGGGGAACGGGAUACGUCGUCGUCAUAUAAAAAUAAUAUAUUUUAUGGAAAAAAAAAACAUUACGUCCCACCGGAUGACUAGCUGCGAAACGCUACGAUGACGUGCGUAUGCGGGAUUAGGUUUAUUAUUAUUUAUUGUUUUUACGGGAAAAUAACAUCCACCCACCCGCAACGCGUUCCGAUAUCGAAUGAUGCGCCUCCGUAUAUUAUGAGCAUCAUAAAUAUUACCGUAGGUACUUCCGGCCCGUCAAAAUAUAUUUUUCCGGGUAAAUUUUAAUAUAUAUUUGGUCUCAGAGAAGGAGGUCUCAAGUCGGUUUUGCAUAGUUAUCAAUACUAGCAAAUUAAAUUUUAAAAAUUGCUAAAUAACAUAAUGAUAUGAUUGCUAAUUGGUGUUCUAAAUGGCUUAAAUUAUAUCAGUAUAUGACUUGAAAAACACAAACUACAUUAUAGUGAAUUAAGAUAUUAUAAUUGUCAAUAGGUACCUAUAACAUGUGUUAGAAAUUAGAAUAUACAUACACUAAUGCUGUUUAGAUAAAAAAAAAAAACCAAAAAAAAAAAAGACGUCCUAAAAUAAUGAGGACGGGUGCAGCCACUGUUAUAAGUAAUUUAAUGGAUACAUGUAAGCAACAACAUAAACCAUUGUUUACGAAAAAACGAUUCUGAGCGGAUUUCAGUUGAUAGUGAGGCUUUGUCAACAAUAUAUAUACAUACCAUAUUAUAGUAAAAUAAUUAAACAGGCUCUAUAUAUUAUUUUUAACAAUAUUUAUUUAAUGUUAUACCGAUUUUCCCGGUUUUCCUAAUUUUCACAUAUGCUGAGAAAAGUCGGGGGAAAAUGGAAAAACGACCUCUCUAAAGUACCUCCCAAGUGAAAUUUCCUUUCAGAAGUAUUGCUAUCAUAAAAAAUUAGAACAAAAUUGCUGGUAAAAAAGUUGUCCACAGAAAAAAGCAUCAUAUUAUAUUUAUUAUAUUUUGUAGAUUUUUUCGGUUUUUCGCAUUUGAUUAAAAAAUUCUUACGAAUAUCGAAAAUUGACUUCUUUAAGAUAUCUUCCCACACUAAUUUCCUUUCAGAAAAGUUGCUACACGUAAGAAUCGGAGCAAGUCCUCUGGUAAAAAAAUUGUGCACCAAAAAAAAUAAAAAAAACUUAUCACUUUUGUAAAACCAUAAGCUUCUUCGCUCCACUCAGAAUCUAAAAUUCCACAAGAAAAAGUUAAAAGAAAAAAGAUACGGAAAUACUUCGCACGAUGGAUGGGACACUGUUGUUGGUAAAAAUUUGGGAAGAUAAAAGGAAAAUUUAAUGUAAAUCUAUACACAACGAUUAACCAUUGCUAACAAAAAACGAUUCUGACCAGAGUUCGGUUAGUAGCGUUGCUUAUGUCAUAUUAUGGAAAAAUAAUUACAUAUGUAACAUAUAUUUUUUUUUUAAUAAUACUUGAUUAAUAUUGUACAUAUUUUCCCGUUUGUCCUACAUUUCUCCCAUUUAUUAUGAAAAAAGCUGGAAAAAUAAAAAAUUGACUUUCUUAUAGUACCACCCCAGUCAGAUUCACUUUUAGAAAAAGCGCUAUAAAUUUAAUCGGAUCAAAAUUGUUGGUAGAAAAGUUGUUAACAGAUAAAAAUAAAUAAAUCAACAUCAUUGUAAAACCAAUACAUUCCUCGCUCCGCUUAUAAUCUAAAAAUACCAAACAUUUACUUAAGCCCUUCUCCCCUGACACCAACUAUCAAACAAAUUAAUUUUACGACCUAAAAAUUAAAAACAAUGAACAUAAAAUCUUCAAUAGCCAAAAAAUGUUAAAUAAAAUAUUUUAUCCUUAUUCGAUAAUACAUGGAACGAGUCGGUAACAAAACGAACAUCGCACAAUAAGCUUUGGAACACAAUAUAAAGUGCAUCGAAAUCCCUACCCUAAUACUUAGGUCAAUUAUGGCCCCAGGGAGCUAGUUUCUUAGCCCCAGGAGGCCCGUAUUUUUUUUUAAAAUAUAGUAUACUUUUGAAAGCAGAAUUUCAUAAAACCUGUAUAGUAUCGUUUAAGAUAUUUAAGCUGUCCCCCCUCUCUCCCAAUCAAUGUCUUUGGAGCCAUCCCUGACUUAGGUGCCUCCGCCCGACACCUACCUAUACACAACGCAGACGUGUUUCCAUCGAAACGCAGGAUUUAUUUCGCACAUAAACGGAAUGCGUGUUUGAAAAUAUUGUAUGCACUUAAAUACUUGUAAUAACCGUUUGAAGUGCAUUGUCGCUUAUUUACGAGUUUACGACACGAACUGGCCGGUUCGUUAUUGCCAGCUAUAAUGCAGCAAGUAUUGCUGCUCGCGGAUGAGUCGUUCAGUGUAACGUACACGCAAUUCCGAAGCUGCAGACCGCAUAAAAUAUUUCAAAUAUAUCACAGACGUUUUUAUGAGACCCUGAUAUUGUGCACUUACGUGGUAUAUUGCAGCCGGUGCACGACGGUCGCAAGAAUCAAAACCGCCGGACAAUAACCCGUAGGCUAUACAAUUGUCGGCAAUGCAAUAGUAGUGUAGCGUCUUAAACAACAUAAUACACGCUGACCGGUUGUUUAUUUUUAUGAAAAAAUACCGCUGUCCGUCCGCGUUUAAUAUAUCGUGUUUUUAAAUUCUGAAAUUAGCGAGAGAUCUAUUGGUUUUGCUGUGAUGUGCAUUUUUUUUUUUUUUUCGUAUCCAAAAAAAAAAAAAAUAACAAGAGACCUUUUUUAGUCGGAUUUGUUUGAUUUUCCAACGAGUUUUCGUAAUAAUUGGGAAAACCCGAAAAAAAAAAUUACAAGAUACAUUUUGUUGAAUUCUCAAUUUAGUUGAUAAGUAUAAGUAAAACGUGUUUUGAUUUUCCAAUCAGUUUUCAUAAUAAUUUUUAAAAACCGAAAAAACAUAGGAAAUACGGUUAAGUUUACGACAUUAAUUAAUGAUUUCGUCAUUUUCGAUUUUGGUUUUUUGUUUUAAAUCAUAAAUAGUUAAAAUAAGUAUAGAGUAAUUAUAUUAGCAUUUAUUAGAUGUGGUAAAAUGUAUAGGACAGUGUGGACGACAAUUUUUUGGUUAAAACAAAAAAAAACAAGAAAGCUCAACGAUAUAAAAAAUUACCAACAAAAAGUUCUAUAAUUGAAAAUCGGAGCAAAAUCGCUGGUACAAAAGUUGUCCACGAAAAAAUAAUAGUAAUAACAAUAAUAGACUCGAUUGUAAAACCAAUACACUGCUCGCCCCGCUCGGAGUCUAAAAUUUAGACGCGUGAAUAUUAUAAAAAAUCACAAUUGGAAACGUAUUGGAUUAAUACAUCGGAUGUGGAAACGCGCGAUAAAUUUCCAUCGGGUACCGGCAAUUGCCUAUGUCAAUUCCGCAACAUCGAAUCGGUUUUUUUUUUUUUUUAAUUUCACCGCUCGCGUUUCAUUCCGAAACGGCGCGGUCUCGGGCCGUUUUUCAUUUCAUAAUAAUUUAUCAUUCUUUAAAACGAUAAUCGCCCGACAACGACGGCGACGUCGUAACUCUGCGAAAACGUGACCGGUAAACCGAGCCGGAGUGUAGUAUAUAUUCUACCUAGGCGGGUAUUAUGUUUGGUAAUAAUAAUGGUAAUGAUAUAACAUUGCCGCCAUUGCUUUGACGCGAUCGUAUCGUCGGCGUCGUCUUCGCCUAUUGUAAUAGUUUCCACAAAACCAAAACGUCGGGGUUAAUCGAAUUCCCCAAACGUCCGCACCAAGUCGGCGUCCACCUAUUCACCUGUAAACGCGCGCUGUAUACAUUACCAUUGUAACUAUUGCGGCGGGCCCGUGCGAGUACUUUACGCAUUUUAAUAGAGAUAGGUUAACGGUUUGUCAGACGCGGGCGAUUUAAUCUUUAAAACGGCGCCUCUUUGGUCAAGUACGAAGGGAGAAACGGGGAGGAUUGUUAUAAAAAUGUCUGUUAUACAUAUAUUGUUCGAUUUUUCGUUUCGAAAAUUCUUUUUAAAAAAUAAACGCAUUGCAAUAUUGUACUCCGAAACAAAAUUUUAUUGUAAAAUAAUACUUUAAAUAAAAUGAAAAACCUAUAGAUUAUAUAGGUUUUUUAGGACAAAGGGCAUUUAAGUAUUAUGCUUAUCGGCUACUAAUAUUUUAACGUUUAGCAAAUAGAACAAUAGAAAAAAAAACAUUUUGUACACUCACUAUUGCAAAGAUACGAGCAUUAAAUGCCAGCAUUUAUAAUUUAAUUAUAUUUGUUGUGGGUGAUUUCAUCAUUCGAAUUCACAUUCCGACAUAAAAUGAACGAACUUGCAUUCAACAUUCCUUAAAAACAAAAUAAAUUACAUUCAUGAUUGCAUUCCUCUAAAAAUAAUGAAAUUCAAUGAAUAUAUUCCUACAAAUGCAUUUUUUCCGGACACUUUUUACAGUGCAUCGAAACCUAAUUAAAAUACUUAUGUACGUAUGAAAGACUCUCGUCGAUAGUAUUCGAAAGUCGAUCUGGAAAAUCAAAUUAAUAUACUACUUAUCCGAGGUUUCUCCUUCUUUGGUAUACAUCUACAUAUAAAAACCAUGUAUAUCUCAAGAAGUAUUUUCACCGUCGACGGUGCCUAUAUCAAUUUCCUCCAAUUCUUCUCUCAUUGGGCAAAUUUCUCUAAUCGUGCACCGCUAGCCUUUCAAAAUCCUUUUCAACUAUAUCCAACUGCAUUUUGCUGGGCAUUCCUCGGGAUCUCGGACACUCCGGGUUUUCAAUUUUCCGUUUUUCUACGCAUAACGCGUCUCAGUUAUUGUGACAUUUGACCUAUGCUAUAAUAUACUUCGUUUAUACAAACACUAUUUAAUCAAUUAAUAAUUCAUUACAGUAAACGCUAACAUUGUACGUGUCACCCGUGUUACAGAAGGACAAUUCCAGAGCGACGCUCUCCUAGUGCCCGAAAACUGUAUAUUCGAUCACGUGCACAAUCAAAGCAAAUGCUGGCCAUUCGACCGCUGGAAUCAAACCGCGGCCCAAGCUUGCCAAGAUCGCGACCAUAACCUGAGGAGUUUCGCCAUGUUGUUGCCCUGUGGCAUAUCCUUAUUCUCCGGCGUCGAGUUCGUCUGCUGUCCGUACAAAGGUAAAUGUAAAACAAUAUGCAUAACAGUUCACCGUGAUAUACACAAUCGGUCAAUAUAUCGAUUAUUAUGACGGUUGACGAUAUCAAAAUUUAUAUUUUCCUAUAGAUAAAAUCCAAUUGAAGAAAACGGUACCGGUGGCCGCCGAUAGUCUUCUCUCUUCGGAUCAAUUCGACGUAGAAGAAGACAUCGACGACGACGACGAUGAUGACGAGGAUGAGGACGACGAUGUGAACGACGACGAAGAAGAUGAUGACGAUUAUGACAACUACGACGACAUACAGCCGUCCCGUGAGUCGCCAGCAACCACUCCAACUUCGACCAGUACAACCACUAGCACUACCACCACGAUGGCCACGACCACCAAGAAAGCGACAACCACAACGAUGACCGCACCGCCACCGACCACGUCCGAGGGAGCACAUACCACGCCGUCCGGUCCCAUCCGGAACUUGCCUACCCCGGACACGUACUUCACGCACUUCGACCCCAGAGACGAGCACAAGCUGUACAAGGAGGCACUGAACCGAUUAGAGGAGCUGCACCGUGAGAAGGUUACUAAGGUAAUGAAAGACUGGUCCGACCUGGAGGAACGGUACCAAGAAAUGCGUUCCAAGGAUCCGCACAUGGCGGAAGAGUUUAAACAGCGGAUGACACUCCGAUUCCAACAGACUGUCCAGUCCUUGGAAGAAGAAGGUUCGGCGGAAAAACAUCAGUUAUUUGCCAUGCACCAGCAAAGAGUAAACGCCCACAUCAACCACAGAAAGAAGGAAGCCAUGAACUGCUACGUUUUCGCUCUAAAUGAAAACCCUCCGAAUGUAAGUAUACAUCAUGAUAUUUACAUUCGAAGAUUUUUCUUUUAAAAAAUAAAUUUUCUGGUUUUUUUUUCCCCCAUGUUCAGAAUUAUCGUUAAAAAUUUGAAUUGAUAGAAAUGCCAAGUAUAGAACAGUAAUUAAUUUAUUUUUUAUAAGCAUUUUAAAACGUUAAAUAGUUUUCUUUGACGUGUUACCGCACUGUAACACUCCUCUAAAAUUUAAACCCUUCAAAAUAAAAAUAUAUUUAUAUAUAUAUACGAGUAUAUAUGUAUAUUCGAUAUCUGUACAAAAGAAAAAUAUACUGGUUUUAAAUAUAAAAAGCCAAUAAAUUUCCAGCCAUCAUGGAUGUGCUACUAGAGUUAGCGUAAAGUUAAUAAGUUAGGAUAAUACAUUAUUGAUUAAAUUAAUUUACUCAUAUAUGUAUGCAACGAUAAAUUGUUGCUUACAAAAAACGAUUCUGAGCGAAGUUCGGUUCAAUAUGUUUUAAUAAACUUCAAUUGAAAAUUGUAUUAAACCUGUUAAAAUUUAUAUUGCCUCGUAUUUAAUUCAUCAUACACGUGGCGAAUACGUCGGUGAAUUAUGAUGAAUUUUUAUAUUUUGUUUUCUCGUGAUUCAAAUUUUGCAUAGGUAUACCUAUACGCAAACCAAUAACGAAUUCUGUUUAGAAAUACUGAUAAUAACUAUCGUUACGGUCGGUUUCAGACGCACAAAGUACAGAAAUGUCUUCAGAAACUACUCAGAUCAUUGCACAAGGACCGUCAUCACACAAUAGCGCAUUACCGCCACUUGCUCGCAUCCAGUAUCGAAUUGGCUGAACGCGAAAAAUCGGUCACUUUGGAACACUUGGUGGACAUUGAUCACAUGGUUAACCAAUCCCUGCAAAUGCUAUACAGGUACGCACUCACUAACAUAAUAUAUUAUUAUAUGCAUACAUAAUAUAUCUUUGAUCCCAGAAAAAAAGGGCUUAAGUCAAUUUUUGGAAUUUGUAUUAUAAUUUUGUUCUAUUUAUUAUUCGAUUUAAACGGCAUAAGUGUGUGUAUUUUAAAAAUUGAAUUUAUUUUACAAAAUUGACUUAGGCCCUUCUUCCGUGGGACAAAAUGUGUAUUAUUAAAAAUUAACAAUUCAUAAUUGUAUUUUCGCCGAAAAUUGUGCGCCGUCUGUCCCUCGUUAUAUAGAUACCCAACCUUGUCGCGUAAGAUUUCUCAACUCAUGUCGGAUUACAUCCAAGCGCUAAGAAGUAAGGACGACACUCCGGGAUCGUUGUUGGCCAUGACCCGGGAAGCCGAAGCCAGCAUACUGGACAAAUAUAAGGAGGAGAUUUCUGUGACGCAAGAAGGUUCGUAGAUCUAUUUAUUCUAGUAUCGAUAUUAUUAUGACGAUGACGGUCGGUAAAGUUUCGCUAUAUAAUCGUGUAUUAUGAUGUGUACGUUGCACAGACAAGUCCCGUGCGAGAUACCCGAUGGAAAUGAAGCGCAAACAACCGCACGAAAUGAUCGAGUCGAAAGAAGCGAAACUACAAGUGGAAACGACAGCCGAUUUCGACGCCAACGAUAACACCGAAAUCCAACAACAGCCGCAACAGCACUCGGCCCGACAACAGCCCGGCGCCGUCAAACCGGACCAAAACGCAGCCGUCACCGCGCCCGCCGUUGCCAUACAACACCACGACCACGAUUCCGAACCGAAAAUCUCACACGCCCAAGUGAACGACAUAAGUCACGGAGAACCGGUAAAUGCGUGAACACCACGUAAACACUGUGUUAUAAUGUGUAAUGGCAAUGGCGUGUGAAGUUAUGUCCCUAUCCCCCGCAUUGGCUUACAAAUACAACAACUAUAAUGAGUGUUUAUUUAGUAAUUUUAACUUGAAACUAGUAGGGGGAAAACUUGAUUUCUUAAAAAAAAUUUUACUUUUUGGACCCGGAUUUUGAAUUAACAUUGUCAUGUUUAAUUAAUUAGCACAGCGGAGAAAGAUUCAACGAUUUGUUUAUAAAUCAUAGUUAUUAUUAUCUAUAUCCCCUCCCAUUGAAAAUUCCUGGACAGGCCAAAAUAAAUUGGAUUGGGUUGGCAACAAUAUCCGGAUGGAAUAUUUUUGUUAUACCUAAUAAUGGGGCACAGACAGGUUACCAAGUAACGCAACUGUAUGAUGCGAUCUUGAAAGAGGGGUGGUUGUAUAUUAUGUCAGGUGUAUUGGGGUCACAGGAAAGCCAUGCCUCACAAAGAAAAGAAAAAGAGCGAGCGGGUGGAAGAAUACUUUUAUUAACCACAUGUGCUCUCAACAUUCCUCAGUGUACCACAGAAUGCACCUUUUAUACCUAUUUAUUGACCAUCACUAUAUGAUACAAUAAUAUUAUAUUAUAUCGUUCGUAUCAGGGAAGAAGGUCUUAAGUCAAUUUUUGAUAUUUUCAGAUUCAAAGCGUAGCGAUAAACGUAUUGGAUUUACAAUGAUGUUUAUUUUAUGAUUUUUAAGUAAUUUUCAUAAUAAUUGGGGAAAACGUAGAGAUAAAUGCACAAAUAUUUACGGCGUAAUGAUUUCAUGACUUUACAUUUUUAUAACUUCUUCUAUACAUUUUACUUGAUAAAAAUAAUAUAAUUUUUUAUUCGAUAAAAAAAUGACAAGAUAAUUUUUUUGUUGAAUUUUGAAUCUAUUUGAUCACGGAGAAAAUUGUUUUUUGAUUUUCUUUGUGGUUCUUUUUAAUAAUUGAGCAAUCUCGAUAAAUACGUAAAAAUAACGGGAAAAUUUACGAAAAUAAUGCUUUUAUUAUAAAGAGUAGAUUCAUUGUAAUUCAUACCUUGUGAUCAAAAAGAAAAUUUGAAUUGAAUGUAGUAUUUAUUAUUUUUUUUUUUUUUAAUAAGAAUCAUGUUAUCAAAUUUUGACGAAAAUCGUUUGAAUUAUCUUAAAUCACUAUGAUGUACUUUUUGUAUGGCAAAUAAGACACUAGUCAUAUUUAUUAUAUAGUAAUUUAGCCAUUCUGCAAUUAUCAAAACUAAAUUUGUUUGUAUUGAAAAUCUUACGCAAUUGACUUAAACGUUAAGCCCUUCUUCUCUAAGAACAAAAAUAUUAUAAUAUAUGAUCGAGUUACUUUAACGAUUUUCCGACCGAUCCAUUCACAGACGUUCUUCACCCGGAAAAAUUUCCACCGAGACUCGAGAAACGUUCACUUGACAUUGGCGUUCGCCGGAUUGUCCUUGAUGGCGGCCAUCUGUAUCGGUAUAGCCGUGAUCCGCAGAAGAAAUGCCAGAUUGCCACAAAACCAGGUACUGUAUACACGUAUAUUAUUAGAUCCAGUUUGAACCUUAAUCAGUUUUUUCGACCAAUCGUGUUUUUCUUCAUUAUUAUUUCUUAGGGCUUCAUCGAGGUCGACCAAGGGAUAUCCCAGGAGGAACGUCACGUAGCCAACAUGCAGAUAAACGGAUACGAGAAUCCCACUUACAAAUAUUUUGAAGUCAAAGAUCAAUAAAAGUGAGUCGUGUGGUUUAAUGUUUUAGUUAGAUAAUAUAAUAUAAUUAUUUAUUAUAAAGCAUAUUAUUUAAAUACUAUAAUUUCUGUUUUGUUUUGUUUUUUUUUUGUUGUUUUUUUUUUAGUGGAAACUUUAGUCCAUCACAUAGCGAGAUACGUACUUAAGGAGACGAUUUUUAACCACACUCAGCAGCGUUUUUGCCCAUUUAUCUAUAUUAUACAUAAAUAUUUACCGAAAUAUAAUAUGAAUGUGCAUGAUAUUAUAUACAAAAAUAGGAACAUAAUAUUAUUAUUAUUAUUAUUAUUAUCGAAUAUAAUAUAUAGAUCUGAUUAUAUUUACAAAAUAUUAUUAACCUUAUCGUCGUAUAUUAUACGUAGAUUAUAAUAUUAUAAUGAAUAUGUAGGUAAGAAACCGUUAUUAAAAUUAAUAUUAUUAUAAUAUUUCUGUAGACAAAAGUGCCAUUUUAAUUUCUUUCCCCUUGACAAAAAAAAAAACAAAAAAAAACAUAUCCAUUAAACGUUACAACAAAAAUAUAUUAUACAUAGCCAAUAUAAUAUCGUUCGUUCUAGUCAAAAUACAUCGUGCUUACCUAUAAAUAAUAUUUAGUCGUGUUGGAAAAUUCAUCAUCGUAAUACCUAUUAAUAAUAUUAUUAUACUUACACAAUAAUACAUUUUUGAAUAAUAUAAACUUACCCCAAAACGUGUACAUUGUAAUUAAUAAAUAUCAUAACUUUUGGCCUUUGUCUAGCGCUUUUUUUAAAAAUAAACUAUCGUGUUUUACUAUGGUCAGCUUUAUUAGUUAGACAUCGUAUUUAUAAUAUUACUUGGAUAAUAAUAUUUAAAUUAAUGAAAAAAUAUUAAUACAGUACACUAAUUUCAAAAAUUUGCAAAUAAAAUGCUAACAUUUAUAGAUAAAUCAUAAAUAUAAACUUAGUAUCAUAUUAUAAAUACUCAUACUUAUACAUAUUUUCGUUUUUACUAAAAAAAAAGAACUUAAAUAUAACAAAAAAAUAUACGAACAAAUUUUCCACAAACAAAACACAAUAUUAUUUUAACAAUAAUGACAAUAAAUCCGAAACUAAACAAACUGCAGAUAGAUUACCUAUUAAAAACAAUCGAAUACCGCUCUAAAAAAAAAAAAAAAAGCAUGAUAUAAUAGUUAAUAAUAUAGUAUAAAACAUACAUCUAUGCCUAUCUGGGAAAAUAACAAAAUAAUACAAAUGGUUCAAAUGAUUUAUUCACUUCCAGUCCCUAUAUUAUUAUUGUACGUCUCGCUUAUUAUAUUAAAAUUCUGAUUAUUUUAGUUAGUUGAAAAAAAAAAAAAAUGUUUUUUUCAUAUUCUUAAUCUAAGAUUAAUUUUCUAUAAUAAUAUUAUAUUGUUAAAAGACACACAACCUAUUAGAGAAAUUAAGAUUUCUAAUUUCUAUAUUAUUAUAAAUUUUUGUUUUCGUCAUCACUCUAUUAUAUAAAUAAAACUAUAUAUAAUAAUAAU